AUGACUUCAAAUCAAGAUCUCCUAUUGCUUGAGAAUGAUAAUAUAAUUCCCUUCCCCUCUGAUUUUAUUUUCGGAACAGCCACAGCAGCUUAUCAAAUUGAAGGGGCCUACAAUGAUGAUGGAAGGGGUAUGAGUAUUUGGGAUGAGUUCUCACAUACACUUGGAAAAACUGCAAAUGGUGAUACAGGAGAUGUGGCCGAUGAUCAUUACCAUAAAGUGAGACAAGACGUCGAUUUGUUGUAUGAUUUGGGAAUUAAAAAUUAUAGAAUGUCAAUUUCAUGGACAAGGAUUUUACCAAAUGGAUUGUUAUCGGGAGGAGUUAAUCAACAAGGAAUUGAUCAUUAUAAUAUGGAAAUUAAUUAUUUAAUUUCAAAAGGAAUUAACGUGAUGAUCACUUUGUUUCAUUGGGAUUACCCUCAAUAUUUAGAGUCUGUAUUUGGAGGCUGGCUCAAUAAGAAUGUUUCAAUCUCUGCGUUUUGUGAUUAUGCGGAUUUAUGUUUUCAAUUGUUCGGAGACCGUGUCAAGUUGUGGAUUACGUUAAAUGAGCCAUGGGUGGUGGCAUGGUUGGGUUAUGGAGUUGGUGUUAAUGCUCCAGGAAUACGCACUCCAGAUAAAAGUGAAAACAAUGAUUCAAGUGUAAACAGCAGAACAUAUGGCAACAGCUCAACUGAACCAUAUUUGGCUGCACAUCAUCAAUUACUUGCUCAUGCUCAUGCUGUUAAAAUUUAUCGCUCAAAAUAUCAGUCAAUACAACAGGGAAAAAUAGGUAUUGCUUUAAAUUCAAAUUAUAACGAACCACUCAAUGAAAAUGAUCCAUUGGAUAUUGAAGCAGCAGAACGACAACAAUUAUUUGAUCUUGGUUGGUUUGCUGAUCCUAUUGUUUUUGGAGAUUAUCCACAAGUCAUGAAAGAUUUAGUAGGCAAAGAACGCCUUCCUGAGUUUACCAUUGAAGAACAACAGAUAUUAGCAAAGAGCUUUGAUUUUAUUGGAUUGAAUCAUUACACCUCUCGUUAUGUGAGCCAUUGA